AUGAAAUCUCGUGAUGUGACUAAUUGGAGGGGCUUAAGCAGCUAUAAAUGCAUAAAUAUUGUCCUCCUUGAGCAGACUGAGCUUAGCGCUGGUCGAGACGGAAAGGAAAACCCUAAGGGGCAAGCAUCUGUGCUACUCUUGACGAAGGUGGGCGAAUUUGUGAAAAAGCGCUGCGAAAACGACAAAGAGCUUAAGGAGGGCUUGACAACCUCUUUUGUUGCGCCAUCCGUUGUGGGGGGAGUUUUUUGA